GAAGUUCUGGUUUCAAAAAAAAAAACAUAUGCCAAGAUCUAUAAAAGGGCUACAACUUCUUUGAAGACUCGUAAUUGUUCCGAGACAUUCAAAGCGUAAGAAUUGUGCGGGCAUUUUCAAUAAAAUCAAAAACAUAAUAAAUUAACUAAAGAAAAAGAUGGAAUCAACAUUGAAAAUAUUUGCUGCUGUUGCUGCUCUUCAACUAGUUUCGGCUGGACUUGCACCACUGGUCCUGCCAGCAACAACUCUCCUUAGAACUCCACAAUAUGAUUCGGCGAUAAUUCAAUCGGACAGAGUUGGAGGAAGCUUUGCUUAUAGUACAAUUGAAGGUCAUUCAUAUCAAGCUGUUUCACCACUUGUCAGAUCGGCCUAUCAACCAGUGGAAAUCCGUUACAAUUUAAAUAGUGUUCCAUUGUCUUAUGAUUCACCAAGCUACUAUGUGCCAAGCUAUGUUUUCAGUGAUGGUGAAAAUGGGAGUUCUGCCGGGAGGCCAAGUCAAUCCGAAGCUGAUUUGGACGAUUCCAAACGUACUGAGGAGAAUGAUACAGUUUCUGUGGAAUCGGCUUAGACCUUAGAGUAUUGUAGUGCGAUGAUGCUGUAAAAUGCUCAUCUUGAUUUUUCUUAAGACUUUUUUUUAGUGUAGUUGAAGUAAAUAAAAUGGUUUGGAAGAGGUUUCUGUGUAGAA